GAGAUGGAAAAAACAUUUGCAUUUCCAGACUGAAGUCUAAACAGACGUGAAUCCAAAGAUUUUAGAAUAACUUUGGAUCCGUCUCGAUCUCUCUGGUCUCGUGAGACUUUUUCCCCGUCAGUUGUAAACGUCGCCAUAGCAACACACUCUGUACCUGCCAUUAGUGCAUGUACAGAACCGUAGUUCACAUGUGACUGCCGGGCAGAAGGAUAAGUAGUUCCUCUCAUCCGCGCAUUACUUAGAUUAUCCCGAUCAUGGCUAGUUCCUUUGUUCUGUUGAUUAAAAAAAACUACUGAGUUUAAAUGUUGAUAUUUUAUCUUAGAAUCAGUCCUAGAACAGGUAACGUCGGAAUUGGAAGUAUCAAUAUUUCAAUAUCAAUCCGCACAGAAACAUCACAAUCCACUUUCUGGAGAAACCGUGUCUUUCUGUGCAUGGAGUGAUCGCAGACACAGUCAGACUGUAACAUGUUGGAUUUUAAAAUGAUUUAUUUAUAUAAUAACAUCAACUCAAUAAACGUCGAGCUAAUUUUACUCGGAUUUCAAAUAUGGUCUGAAAAAUCUACGGAGAAGUCUGUAGUUUUUUGAAAUUGAAAAUGUGUAGGAACCCUGUAACCUGAUGUCUCACUCCAGUGAGAGGCCGCACAACUAAAAAUACACUCACUGAAAAAUAUUCUGCAACUAAGAAAUUAGUUAUUUUCUGAUUUUAAUGCUGGUGAAACCAGCAGAUCUGAAGAGUCAUUUUGAUCGUGUUCGAAGUAAAUUCUGAAGUUACUGGAGUUACUGAACGCUUGGUCAGUUUUUUUUUAAUUAUUAUUAUUCAGUGUGUUUAUCAGUCAACUGCCAGUUUCCUGUUGCUUCUGUCAAACAUCCUUUUUUUUUUGCUGAAAGUUGUGAGAAUGUGAAAUAGCGUUGAGUAAGAACCACGUUCAGAGCUGUUUUACACUCAGCUUUUCUCUCGGUUGGACACGACGGUGUGUGAGCAACCAUGGUGUUGUCUCACCUCCCUCUCCUCUUCCUCCUCUACCCUUCUCUCGUCCCCUGCACCUCGCCGUCAUGUGACUCCACCGACGGGUGCCCUCUCCUCCGCACCCCCUCACCCGCUCUGGCUGCCGCGGGUCCCGUCCUGCCGGACCGGCCCUUCGUGGUGGUGUGGAACAUGCCCACGUCGCGCUGUCACAGACGCUUCAACGUCCACCUGAACCUGGGAGACUUUGACAUCGUGGAGAACCCAAAGCAGAGGUUCCAGGGACAGCAAAUGACCAUCUUCUACCGUGACCGCUUGGGGAAAUAUCCGUACCUGUCCCGCGGUGGCAGGGAGGUGAACGGAGGACUGCCGCAGCUCGGCGACCUCGCCGCUCACCUUUCCCUCGGUGUGACGCAGAUGUCCAGCGCGCUGCAGCCGGACUUCGCAGGUUUAGCCGUUAUUGACUGGGAGGAGUGGCGGCCACUGUGGGAGAGAAACUUUGGAUCCAAGAUGAAGUACCGGAGGCCGUCCAAGCUGCAAGUGAGUCAGGAGAGACCGGAUCUGCCGGACAGGGCCUUGACGUCGCUGGCGAGGCAAAAGUUCGAGGAGGGAGCUCGGAAGUUCAUGGGGGAGACGCUGAGGUUGGCGGUCAGAGAUCAUCCCAAGGGACUGUGGGGGUUUUACGGUUUUCCUGCCUGCUUUAAUAAGCACAAGAGAAAGACAGACAAGAGCUACACAGGACGCUGUCGCAGGGGGACGAGACAGCAGAACGACCGGCUGUCCUGGCUCUGGAGUCGGUCCACCGCUCUCUAUCCCAGCAUCUACCUGUCACCGAGGCUGGCAGGAUCAGUGGAUGCAGCGCUCAUGGUCAGACACAGGCUGCUGGAGCCUUUGAGGGUGGCAGCACUUUGGCACCACGGCAGCAAACACACCACACCAGUGCUUCCAUAUGCCAGAGUAGCAUUCACACACACACUCACGUUUCUCAAUCAGACAGACCUGAUACAUACACUAGGUGAGAGUGCAUCACUGGGAUCUGCUGGAGUUGUGCUUUGGGGGGAGCUGAACUUUGCAAAAUCCAAGGAUCAGUGCAUCCUCCUCAGAGACUACAUCCACACCGUCUUGGGUCCCUUCGUACGAUCACUGAGGUCUGCCACCCAGCGCUGCAGCUUCCAGCUUUGCCAUGGCAACGGGCGAUGCACCAGGCGACGCCCCGCCUCGGGUCACAUGGUCUCUCCUGGUCAAGCUUUGCUCUUGGACCCUCACGACUCCACCAGCAUUAAAUCCUUUCACAGCCACUUCAUGUGUCAGUGUUAUCAAGGCUGGACUGGACAGGGGUGUCAAGAGACGACGGAGAACACACAGGAGUAGCACAAAUAUAAGUUGUGUCUCAGUGUCUGCAGCUCUUGGAUCAGUAUUGACAGCUCUGUGGCUGCAGCCUCCUUCUCCCUCACUGCCUCUGUCAGCAUCUGGAUUGCACCGCCCUGCUGGACUGGAGAGGGAACAGACACCAAAGCAUAAUGUCAGUCUGUCCAUCUUGGUUUCACAAAGCCACAUACUUUUGAGAAAUCAGAUUACAGGCUGUAGAUUAAAGU